CGAAAAUGGGUCCUCAAUAGGGAUAGAUCCUCGUCCCGAUCACCUCGCAAGGAGGAGGCAGAGCCGAAUGGGCGAGAGACGAGAUCACGUGAUGGGAGAAGACGUGAUCGGAGCCGCAGCCGAUCGGGUCGACACCACCAUGACGAGAGACAGAGCAGUAGAAGACGGUCUGAGGAAAGAAGGGAUACCAGGAUGCGGCG